GUCAAUGUCAAACAAAGGCAAAGUUUGUUUACUAUUUUCUUUUUUAUUCAUUGCAUUUAGUUAAAUUAAUUUGAAAACGUUUAUCUAUCGAAUUUAACUUCAGAUUUUACUUAUAUAUUUUAUAUAAUAUCAGAUUUCCAUUAAGUCUUUCUAUGUAAUAAAUCUUCGCGAGUUUCAGGAUAUCCUUGAUUUCUAACCCGCUCGCCUUAUCAGUAAGGGACUAAUCAUGUAUUAUCUACCCCCAUAUUUUAUUAGGUCCGGUUUCUUGACAGUGAUAUAGAUAAGCUACAGUCGAAUAAUAAUUUGGAUCGUGAAUGGCGUAAUCAGUGUUUCUUCCAUUAAUUAGUAAUGUCUUUAUUAAACUAUGUGAAUCCGUUUAGGAUAUCUAGAGAGUAUGUAAGGGUACCUAUAGAGGCGUUUAUAACUCGUCAGUAUUUGGAGUAUAAAAAGAAGACUGAAGAUGGCAUUACCAGUGCUAAGGAACUCUUGUAUAGAGCGGGAGUGAUAACUUUAUUUCUGACAGCAAUUUUGUGGAUUUCUAUAUUUAUGUAUGUAAUUUUUUAUUACACAUACAUGCCCAACGUCACGCAUGUUCGGCCGGUGCAUUUACAGUUCAAAUCAUGCGAGGAGAACAUGGGAACAUGCUCAUUCCCAUCCGCACAUGUCCAGCUCACGAGACGCGCCUCUAUGCUCAUGUCUACCCAAUCGUACCACAUCAAACUGGUCCUCGACAUGCCUGAAUCACAGAUGAAUAAGGAUUUAGGCAUGUUCAUGGUUUGCGCUCAAAUGCGCGCCAAAGGAGGCGUGCUCGUGUCGUCGUCGUGUCGCUCCGCUAUGCUUAGACAUCGGUCCAAGCUACAUGAAGUCAUACGUACAUUCAUUCUGUCUCCAUUCCUACUGAUCGGAGUGGACGAGGAGAAGCAACAGCUGCAGGUGGAACUCUUCAGCGACUUCGAGGACGAUCCGAAUAUGCCAGUCACGGACGCGUACGUGGAGCUCCAGUCGCGGUACGCACAGGUGUACUCGUGCGAGUUACACGUGCUGGCGCACUUCACCGGCCUUAGAUAUUACAUGUUCAAUUGGCCGAAGGUCUCGGCAUUUAUUGGUAUCAACACGAAUCUUUUCUUCGUAACGUUGGUAUUCAUUCUAAGCUGGUACCAUCUGCAGGACGGGUUCGAAUUUUUGAAGAGAAAGUUUGGAGGGCAAACACCACCCGAAGACAAACCACUUGUGGGGAAGAUGAAAUUGGAGAGAGAUGAUUCACCUUCCUUCGCGGUUUACGAAGGUGACAUACUUCUAGAAGAGUUGCAGCGCAUAGAGCAAUCCAAAGUCAAAGAGGAAAAGAAAACAUAGCCAUAGACUCAGAGGAAUUGUGGUCCAGGCUCCUAAAGCUUUUAAAUGCUGUGAGAAUAUUACUAAAUAAAAAAAUAUCUUAAAGUCAAAAAGUUUGUUCAGAAAUUAGACCUUCAUAUGCACUUUUUCACGUCAUAACUCAAAUUUAAUUAUAUUUAAAGAAAUAAGCUACAAACUACUAGCUUGUGGGUUAGCUAUUAGUGGCACAGGUUGGAUGAUAUUUUAAAUGUAACUCUAAAUUAUAGUUUAUUCAAGAUUUAAGAAGCUCAGCUUUUUUGAUCAUGUUGUACGAUCGACCAAAAAUUUAGAAUUAACUUUUUUAUAUUUUGUAAUAUAAAAUUAUUAUGUAUUGGCAUCAAUUGCCUAGUUCUAUGAAGGUCAGAAAAAUUCAUAGACGUUUAAAGUUAUAAUCUAUACAAUACAUAUGUAUGUAUAUAUUACGGCUUAACCCCGAAGCGCGGCUAGACCUCGAUUUAGCCGGGCUCAGUUGGUUAAACCUAGUUGUAACCAACUUAGGCUAUGGUACUACAACAGCCAAAGUGGUGAUCGACGAUGAGCAGGAAACACCAAGGUCUGCCCAUACUUCGGCGUUUAGCCGUAAUAUAUACAUAUGUAUGGGUUAUAACUUUAGCUGUCCUAUAUAUGAUUCAAAGUUUAUAUAAAUAAAAAUAUUAACUACUCAAAAGUAAUUAAAAGACGGUUUUUAUGCAUACAAUUUUAUGUCAUAAUUUAACAUGGCAUACUUUUACUUAUCAUAAUAAUAGUUGCGCACUAUACUAAUUUGGCAUAAUGUUUUAGGCAAAAUGUUUUUACACGUACCUACCAUAAGCAUAACAAUUUUUAAGCAUAACAUUCUAAAGCAUAUUGGCGGCUUAUGGGUGGCCCGAGGCCACCCCGCCGCUACUGCUACACUAUAGCUAUAUUAAGUAGGCUGCUAUACUAGGUUUGCUAUACUAGUCCUGACCUACUGCUACACUAUAGCUUUAUGCAAAUCAAAAUUAUGGUAAAAUACAUUAGCCUAAACUAUAAUUAUGCUUAUUGAAAAGGCCUAACUCGUUAUGCUAAAUUAAAUUAGGAUAAAAAAUUUAUGCGAAAAAAGGGAUCCCCUUAAAACACAUGUCUCUAUAGCGUCAAAAAAUCUAGAUCUAAUCUAGAGUUUAUGAGAAAGAUGACCUGCAUUCGAAAAUUUCGAGAAAAGCCCAUCGCUCACAAACUAAUGAAUCUGACUGUAAUUCCAAAUAUUUUAUGUAAAACAUACUAAAAACUAAUGUUAAACAUCAUAUUUUACUCAUGACAUUUAUCCAUACUAAUAUUUAUAAAGAGAAAAGAUUUGUAUUUUUGUUUGUAAUGAAUAAACUCUAAAACAACUGGGCCGAUUUUGAUGAAAUUUGGCACAGAGAUAGGCUAAACCUUCAGGAGUGAUAUAGGUCACUUUUUAUUAAGGUUUUAUCCGAGCAAAGCCGGUAGUAGUAAUUUAACCAGCAAACAUUCCAACUUUCUUGUUUAUUAAUCGACUAUUUAAAAAAUCUGCGCUUUUGACGACUUCCGUGGCGUAGUGGACCGUGUCGUCCGCUAUCUGGAGGUCCUGGGUUCAAUUCCCUUUGCAGAUAUUUGUACAUGUGAUCACAAAUAUUUGUUUGCGGUUUUGGGUGUGUUGUGACCGUUUGUGUCCAUUGCAUCCACACAGCUUAGUGCUUAGUAGGCCGUUGAGUAUUGUCAAUAAAGAAAACUGUUGCCUUAGUUUGAAAAAUCACGACUAUUGUACUAAAAUAACUGUAGGUAAGGGUGAAUUAAUUAAUCCUAUGUUUUAAACCCGACACAAAAAGAGGGGUGUUAAUAGUUUGACCGCUAUGAGUCAAAAGUCAGUCGAAAGUAAAGUCUGCCUGUGUACGUGGCACCGUAGCUCAUCAACGAGUGAACCGAUUUGGAUGCGGUUUUUUUUAUUUGAUAGAAAAAUUUUAUGUUUUGUCAAAAUCGGUUCAGCCGUUCAAAAGUGGUAGCGAAAUAUUGAAAGUCGGGAUUUUUUAUUAUUUGUCUAACAAAUACACUUGUACUAUUCUAUAACCCUUCCUUGUCUAAUGUCGCGACAGAAAUAUUACUAUAGGGAGUAUUGUAAAGUUAGCUAAGUAUUGUAAUAUUUAUAAAUUUUGUCUUAAUAAUAUCUAUAAUGAAAUGAAAAGACUUAUAUUUAUUAAUGAGCCAAAUUAUGAAAGUGCAAUUUGUUUCUAUGUUAAGGAUUUUUUACUUUGGGAUGUUAAAUAAAUGUUAUUUUUUUGUGUAAA